AUGAAAGCCUUCAGCCCGGUGCGGUCCGUCCGGAAGAGCGGCGUGUCGGAGCACGGCCUGGGCGUCUCCCGCAGCAAGACCCCGGCCGACGACCCCAUGAGCCUGCUCUACAACAUGAACGACUGCUACUCCAAGCUCAAGGAGCUGGUGCCCAGCAUCCCGCAGGACAGGAAGGUCAGCAAAAUGGAAAUCCUGCAGCACGUCAUCGACUACAUCCUGGACCUGCAGCUCGCGCUGGACUCGCAGCCCGCCGUGGUCGGCCUGCACCACCCGCGGCCGCCGCUGACCACGCUCAACACGGACAUCAGCAUCCUGUCCCUGCAGGCGUCCGAGUUCCUGCCGAGCGACAGCAAGGCGCUCUGUGGCUGAGCGGGCGGUGCCCCUGGCUUGGUAUUUUUUUUAUUUUUUCUCUUUGCACAACAACAAAACACCAACAAACGCACAGGACCUUGGAAGGCGAAGCGGACACGUCGAAUGGACCUUUUGCAAAAGGGGAAAAAAUUUUUUUAAAAAAUUUUUAAAAUGGACGGAGACGGAGGAACGCCGUCGUCCGCGCGUGUCCUCGGCCUGCGCUGCGACUCUGGUUCCUGGGAGACGCGGGCGCCUCGCGUGCGGGUGGAUGGCGGUUCCCUGGGUCCCGCGCGCGCUGUGGGCGCGAGCACGUGGAAGUCGCAGGCGGUCGCCGGGUCGCAGCAGACUUUGCCUUUCUGCAGAGGUGGAGCGUGAAUAAAACCCCCAGGCGGUCGCCGAAGCCAGAAGUGCCCCUGGGCGCCGUGUACAUAUUUAUAUAUAAAUUAUACGUCUAUACAUAUAUAUAUAUAUGGGGCGAGCCUCCCUGUACAGCGGCAGACGCACACCGCGUGACGACGGACUCGUUCAGGCUGAACUUUUUAUAAAAGUUUGCUUGUCAACUUCACCGUUUUAUACGAAAUAAACCGAGCGCGCUGGCCGA